AAGCACACUGCCAAACUUGUUUUCUCUCUACUCUAAAAAGUUCUAGGGUUCGGUGAAGCAGAGAGAAAGAGAGAAGUGAUUUCCGAGGAAAAUCAUGUUGUCAUCCACCGGGAAAAAGGAGAAGCUCACCGCAUCUAAAGGCUCCGAGAUCGAAGUCUGUUCCAACGAGUACGACCGCUCUACUGGCUAUAUAUGGUACCGCGCCAUCCUCGAAGAGAAUCUCGCUGUCUCUAAGCGCAAGAAGCUCGCCGUUCGCCACUUAGACCCUCAGACCAACGAAGACUACUCUCCUCCGUUGAUCACAACCGCUGUCCACCGUCUGAUUCGCCCCCUCCCGCCGCUGGAUCCGUCCCCUGAGGUUGAUUUUGAGGAAGGUGACAUGGUUGACGCUGCUCAUAGAGGUGGUUGGUGGUCUGGUUGGGUGGUUAAAGUCUUGUUGCCUAGUCAGCGUUUCUUGGUGUAUCUGAGAUUCGAACCUGAUGUUAUUGAAGUUGAAAGGAAGGAUCUGAGGCCACAUAUGGUUUGGAAAGAUGAAGAGUGGUUUCGUUGCGAGAAACGACAUUUGAUGGAGUCGGAUUUUAGCGCCGGAACGAGUUUAGAAGUCAGAAUUAAGGGAGAAGAUUUUGGUAAUAUUUGGGUUUCGGCUAUAGCCAUCACGGAGAAUGAAGAUGGGACAUUACUGGUUAAGUACAAGAGUUUGAGCGGUGAAAAAGAAGAAGGAGAAGAAGAUGGAUGGACCAAGACUAGUGUUCCUUACUCUGAAAUCAGGCCUCCACCACCGACUUUUGAUCUAAGAGCCUUUGCUUUGAUGGAAAAUGUGGAUGCCCUGCUCGAGUCUGGAGGAUGGUGUCCUAGUAUAGUAAGCAAGGUUCUUUGUGGGGAGAGAUACACUCUCCUCUUGGGACCAAACAAGGAGAGUAAAGACUUUGACCUCUCCCAGCUAAGGCCAUCUAUGGAGUGGAAAGAUGGAGCUUGGCUUAGUAAAGAAAAGGUUUCGGAUAUAGAGGAGAGUCUGCAUGCAGCUGAGGAAGCAACAGGUUCAACUCGCAAAAGGGAAAAACUGAGGACGACGCGGUCUUCUACUUGCACUAAGAAUCUUCCUCCUCCUAAAGAAUCUGUCACUGAGAAUGAAACACAGCUCCCCCAAACUCCAGUUCAGUUAUCUGGAGAUUUAGGAAGUAAAAUGGCUAAUGGUGUGGUGAAUGGUAACACUCCAGUCGCAAGGCAACCAGAGAUAGCAGAAAAAAAAGAGUUUCACUCAUCGGUAGUCUUGGCUGUAGCUGCAAUCCAGCUGACGAAACAAGCAGUCAAAACACAAGGAAAAACAACUCCGAGGAAGAAACUUCAGGCAAUGAAGAAUCAGAAGGGAUUUUCUGGAGAUGAAUCCGUUGGAGUGAAGGCACCUGAGGAGUCGAGUAAUAGAGAGAGCGUUAAUAAGAGGAAAAGAGGACGACAGCCACGUAAGUUCGUUAGCGCAGAGGCUAACCAAAAGCAAGAGACAGGUGUGGAUGUUAAUGGUACUGCCGAUAUGACUGAUGAUGAUGAUCAGCCUCUUGCUUCAUGGAUCCAUGGUGGAAAUUCAUCAUCAGGGCAAUCCGCUCCUCCUCCGGUGGUUCCUGAUCCAAUGCUUAGUUCUGUAGUGGAAAAGCAUGUUGUGGAAACUCCAAAAGCAAAAGAUUCAACAAUAGUUCUGCCAUUUGCAAAGAAGUCACCCUGUUGGAAAGUCCUUGAAUCAAUGGAGAUCUUCAAAGCUGUGCCACAGCGUCCACAUUUCAGCCCACUGCUACAAUGCGAGGAAGAGUCUCGUGAAGGAGACGCAAUUGGUGCAAUGGUGAACUUCACUGGGCUGUUAGAGAAACUCAGGAACAUACAAGUGGACAGUUCGGUAAGCGCGAUAAACAGGAUCAAAGAGUCCUUUCUCAAGCUGGAGAAACACGGGUUCGAUAUCACAGCACCUCUGUCUCGGAUCGACAAGCUGUUGUCUAUUAAAGAAAGCCAGACAUGGGCAUUGGAAGAGUUGCAAGCUGCUGAGAGAGAGAUCACUGAGAAUGAUAAUAAAAGAAGGAAGUGUGAAGAGGAUAUUGAACAAGUCUCGAAGAAGAUUGUUGCGUUGCAGAAGCAAGAAGCGUUGCUGAAGGAAGCGAAAGUGACAAUGGAAAAGGAGAAGGCUCGGAUGCAGACCCACGCAGCUGUUCUCGACCAAAAGGUUCAGAUUGUGGAGCAAGAGUUUCAAGCAACUGUUACUCUCCCAUGGUAAUAAUAAUAGUAAGUAAGCUAGCCAUAUGUCUAAAUGAAUGUUUUGUGUAAUAACUUUUGACUAGUUAAAACUAAUGUUUGUGGAAUCUUCUAAAGAACAAACGUGGGUAAAAGGAGAACUUGCAAGGUUAAUCAUAGUAAAAGACAAGCUCUACGGCUUGACAAAGUAGAAUCAUUAUGUUCACCUGUUUGAGAGUAUGAUGAAUCCCUUUCAUUGCUUCCUUCCCCACCUAUAGUAAUCAGGAGCAACAUCUAUCUCCUAGCCUGUGAAUACUUGGUUUGUACUCGCUAUUUGAUUCGUACUUGUUGUUAAAGUUGAGUACUUAUUUUGUUCAACUCGAG